CUUACAGGGCAACUAAUGAGGUUUCGGUCCACAACCAAUUCAUCCACAUCUCCACAAUACAGACGUAUAAAACAUGAUGCAGCCCAUGCCCAUGGUCCCUCCAACAUCUCUCCAACCCUCAACUGUCGCGCUAAAUUAUGCGGUCGUCCAGCAUGCUAACAGAUCAUAUUUCAUCGCCAAUUCUAGAACAGUUUGACAAGAACUCUCAGCGGCACCUUCUCGCAUGUGACUUGGAGAACAGGGGACGUAGGAUGAUGGAGUGCUUUGCGAAUUCCACUGGCACUCUCCCCAUGCCGAGCACCACUACGCGUAACGUUUGGAAUCUUCUGCCUAACGACACAGCCAACACGAUGGCUGUGCCGCUACGGGCGGGCGUUGUUUUCCUUCGCGCGCCGCCACCCACCCCAAUGGAUGCGGCUUUCACUGUCGUCAAUGAAUCCUCAUCACGAACGCGAAGUGACGACAUGGGCUGGUCUCUCAUAUACGAGACUCGCCUUCCUACUCCGGACACGUUGGUGUCUGAAGUUGCCUCGGAUACGUGCGGCACGGACAUUGUUUCGUCAACCGAUUUCUCUGAAGGCUGUCAACCUAAGGCGGAUGAACAGUCCUCCCUGGAAAUUAAAGAUUCUGAUAAAAACGUUUUAUCGCCGAGCGAUCACGACCAUUUAUGUCCCUCAGACGCCGAGGGCAGUUCAUUCACCCAACCAGGCGGAUCCCCGAUCCUCGCGGGAGGAUUUGAAGAAAUUGUCGAUGUCAGAUUAGAAGAACUCCGAGUCCGAGGCUUGGGUUUCAUUGUCGAAAGUCUGCUGGCUGCUGGAGUGGAAAGCGUCCAGUCAGCACCACUUAUUUCAAUGGUUGUGCGAACGAUGUCACACAGGAUGACCAAGAAAUCACCCACAGAAGCCAAAAGAUUCGAGAAGGCAUUGCGUGAGAGAGCUUUGGAGGUGUUCCGCCAAUAUUGGAAACCAGACGGUGACUGGCGGCACAUAAGCUCCACCUCUGGUCGACAUUCUGCCCUCACUCUGAUAGGGGUAAACAAGGCUGGCCUCAUGGGAUCACUCUUUUCUGCUAAAGUCGUGACCGGCGGAGACAUCGCGCUUUGUUUGUCCAUGUUGGAGGAGGAGGUUCACUUUGACCGCCUGUGCGCCAUGCACGCCCUCCUUCUGUAUGCAAACGACAAACUGUGCAAAACCCGAAAUUUGCCAGCAUUGACACAGCUAAAAGCCCGGCUGUCUCAUGUCGAUCCAGUAACUGGUUUGUAUCUUUGGGCUCCUGCGCCACAUGCCCGGACACUCUUGCAGGAUAUUUCUGAUAUUAUUGAAGGUUGGAUGGUCGUUCAGGCAGACAAGCGGAAGAGAUACCAUCCUUCUGACUCGAGUCCGAGGCCUCCUUUGAAGGCUGUAGGACCGCGAAUGCGUGAAGGCAGGACGAGGGACAAAGCUUAGCGCUCGUUAUCACGCAUCUUGCGUUGAAGUAUGGUAUAUGUAUUGCACUGAUUCAAAUUCGAAAGGUGUUGGUGAACGCCUCUUGCCUCAUCAAUCUACGCCCAUCAUCAUGCUCGAAUGACGAGAAAUUGCUCCGGGAUGUCCGUAUUCUCAUAUCUAGUGAGGAUGGGUUCGGUGUAUAAUUCAGCCUUGUCGUUCAUCCGCACUUCACGUUUUACCUUCGCGCUGUAGUUUAGAACGAAAAAAAAUGUGCUAA